CUUGCAACUCCAGAACUCGAUAGCAGCGUUCACAAGUAUAUUUAGCCCCUGACAGGAGGAUGGUUGCGUCACAAAACUCAUGUUGAUGAAAGCUAUCGGGCGAAAAGCCCGAACAGCAGGUAUCAUCAUCUCUUCACAGGCCUCAUCAUGACCGUAGAUUCUACCACUGGAAUCCACUCGUUACCCAUUUCCCAACGCCCACCAACAUCAUGGAAGCAGAAACUACGAGCUCUUGCUUUCUUCUUUAUCUUCAAUCUAGGAUGUUCGAUGAUAAAUGCUUCGCAAUUCGUAUUCCUUCUGCCUUUACGACUUCUUCCUUUCAAAUGGUCUAGGUCACUUUAUGAUGAAGGAAUUCGUUACACGAAGGGCGCUUUUGGUUGUCUUCUCGUCCUCAUGUGUCAAUGGUUUUCUCCAACCAGCUUGAAGAUCACUUUCGAGGCGAACGGGAAAGGAGCAAUUCCUCAGGAUGUUGUAGAAAGUAUACUUGUGCGAGAUAAGGAGGAUAAAGUGGUGUCCUUGAACCUGCCAAGCAAGUUCGUUUAUAUUGCGAACCAUCAGAUUUAUGCAGACUGGUGGUACGCUUGGUGCUUUCUGUACUAUAUGUCUUCCGAGGCGCACCGGUACAUCUAUAUCACUUUGAAGAAGAGCUUGCGCUGGGUUCCUGUAGUUGGCUGGGGAAUGCAAUUCUUCGAUUUCAUCUUUCUUGCCCGUUCAUGGGCUUCAGACCGACGACAGUUAGCCGUACAUCUCUCGUCAUUGGGCAAAACUGCAGAAUCAGAUCAAAUGCCCCUUGCGUUCAUACUCUAUCCUGAAGGAACGCUUGUGAGCAAAGAUACACGUCCAAUAUCAAAGAAAUUCGCCGACAAAAUGGGAAUAAAUGACAUGUCCCAUGUUCUCCUUCCAAGAUCAACUGGCCUACUAUACAGUUUACGCUCACUGAGUCCUCGUAUCAGUAACUUACAUCUCAUCGAUGUGACAAUGGUUUAUCCUGGAAUUCCACCUCUAGCUUAUGGGCAAGAUUAUUAUACCCUGAGAUCCAUGUUCCUCGACGGCGUAGCACCUCCUGCCGUCCAUAUGCAUCUGCGUCUGUUCAAAGUGGAAGAGGUCCCGAUAGGCGAUUUAUCGGACACAGAGUCCUCGAAAAUCCCCGACACUUCACCCGACAAGCAUGCGGUCGAAGUAGAAAUUCCGACUGCAGAGAAAGAAGCCUUCGACUUGUGGUUGAGAAACUUGUGGCAAGAGAAAGACGAGUCUAUCGGGCGUUUCCACAGGAGUGGCAGAUUUUCUGAGGAGAAACUGCCGGUAUUCGAAGUUCCAUUGAAGUUGAGACGCACAAGGGAAAUUUUCGACGCGUUCUGCUUCUUUCUACCUGCUACCGUCAUAGGAUAUCUUUGGAGUAAACUGAAGGCGUAAUAUUGUACUUUAGGAUACAAGCUUGACUGAUCACUGGUCUCUCCGUUCUUGGAUUUGUUUAACGAGGAAAAUGCUCGAAUCCAAGAACCUGUCAACACAGUGAUGCAAACAGCUCUCUUCUCCCCGAGAGAACCUAGUUGAGGGAGUGCUCGUGACACACUUGUCCCAACACAUGGUUGUAAGGCUGUGAAUCGAGGAAUGCAGUUUGGCCUGGGUUUGUUCCUUCUCGAGAAAGGUCGCCAGUUCUUUCUGUAGAAUAUAUAUUAGCAGCGUAACCCUUCACACCUGCACACUGACUUGAGUCGUUUCGUCGAAUUUAGGAAUGUCUGCCAUGGUGGUCGUGAGCUGACGAAAAAAA